CACAUUCACUCUCACCCCUCACCCCCCUCACCUCAACUUCCCCACUGCCUCCAGAUCAAAACUAACUCUCUCUCUCUCUCUCUCUCUUCAGCAAGCACAAAACUGAAACCAAGUCUCCUCCUUCCUACCCAUUAAUUAGCAAAUUCCACACAAUACAAAACUCUCAACCAUCAUGCCUAACGAUCAACUUGAGAUCAAAGCCAUGAAAAAGAAAAAGAAAAAGAAGAGGCAUAGUAUCGUUGGUUAACAGAAAGUUGGAAUGGGUGGAAUCGGUAAAAAGAGGUAUAAAAUGGAAUAUGGGUUCGAACUUUGUUUUCCGGAAUCAGAGGUGUAUUCAGCUAGGGUAAAUAAUUUGUGUGUGCCGAGUACUGUACUUUCUAAUUUUAUGUUGCAGUUCAAUGAAGAACACAGGAGAAGAUUUAGAGGGUCAUGCUUUGGGCACUUGAUGGACGUAGAUAAAAUUCAAUUUAGUGGUCAACUCGUGCAUGGUCUGGCCCUUCGCCGCGUCGCUGGACUCGGUGUCAAGAACAUGCACGGGCUUAGUUAUGCAAUAGGGUCCAAAGUGGUGCAGUUCACUGCAAAAUACUUCUGUCUAAUUAGUGGGUUGAAAUUUGGAGUAGAGCCUUCCAUACGUAGUGCAGAUGGUGGUGUGCAUCAGCUGCUUAAUCGUCAUUUCACCAACAAGAAUCACAUGACCUUACACGACAUAGAAAAAGCAUUCUUAAACUCCAAAAGGGGAAGUGAAGACUGCUUCAAAUUGGGAAUGCUUUACUUUGUAGAGUUUGUGAUAUUGGGGAAAGCCCCCAUUGUUAGGAUCAAUGAGGACUAUGUACACUUAGUACAUAAUAUGGAGGAAUUCAACAACUUUCCAUGGGGUUCUAUAUCAUUUGAGUACCUACAGGAUUCUUUGUUGUUUGCUCCUGGGAAAAAAGACAUUGAUGAGAAGGAUCAUGAGAAAGGAAAAGGACAGAGCAAGGAAAAAGAGGAGGUGAAAAGGGCCGUGAAAAAAAGGAAGAAAAAGGUGGAGAACGAGAACAGUGCCGGUCUUGAAUUUUUUAGGGCCCAUGGCAAAAGUAAAAAUUAGGCCCCUAUAUAUACUUAAAAUUAGUGAUGAACUCACUCUUAUUUUUCAACCAAGAUCUAACCUGUUCAAAUUAACUAAAAAUUUAACAUUCAAGCCAAAUAAAUUGUAUCGAUUCAAACUUCAA